GCUGUUGGGUUGUGGUGGUGGUGGUUGAGAUUACCUACGCUUUGGUGCUCAACAAUUAUAACUCCAACCUUACAAUUUUUGUAAGCAAUAUUUCAACUCGCCAAAGGGCAAGGCUAUAGAAAACAAAACAAGAAAAAUUAAAAAUUCAUUGUUGAUUCAAUUGAGAAGAAAUGAGAUGGAAAGCACUGUUAUAAAAGUAGGAGAGGAAAAAAUGGAGUGGUCAUUAUCUUAAUGCUAAAACAAUACGGGUAAAAGAAAGCUUUGUUUAAUUGGGAAAGUGUUGGCAAAAAAGUCGACUAUGUCAGAUUGGCGUGCGUAUCACUGCAUCAGUGCUUAAAACAGAGAGAAAGGAUAUAAUUAGAGUUUGGAGGAUGAUGAUUCUUUACAACUUUAUUUGCGAAAAAAAGAAGCCAACCCCACUUUCUAGUUUCAUCUAAAAAGAUAAAAUAGGAGAGUGUUGCUUUGGUGGCUGGCAAAGAUUAGGGACAAGUCAUCUUUUUCUUGGUCCUUUAACUUCAUUGGUGAGAGAAGACUAUUUGAGUAGAGGAAGUUGUUGUUUAAAUAAACAAUUAGAGGAAGGGCGGUGGUCUAAGUGGUGAGCAUGUGGCCUCUGGUUUUGAGAGCUUAAAUUUGCAUAUUUUGAGGUAUUGAGUCGGUUGGGUUGUAUAUCUUGGACUGGACUUUUGUGGUUGUUUGUUGUUGAGCUUACAACAAGAACCAAUAAAGAAGCCAAAUCUCCUCCUUUAAAUCUUGUCAAGUUUGGAAGUAUAGGUACUUCCAGGUUGCUCUUUCCUUUCCUUGGCAUUGUUCUCUGCAAGUUUAGAAUUGAGAUACUGUAGGUGAAUCCAUACUUUGAGAGCGUAAAGAUGAAGUUUAUGAAACUUGGAUCCAAGCCUGAUCAAUUUCAGACAAAAGGAGAUAAUAUCAGGUAUGUAGCAACUGAAUUGGCAACAGAUAUGGUCAUCAAUGUUGGAGAUGUAAAAUUUUAUCUCCACAAGUUCCCCCUUCUGUCCAAGAGUUUUCGUUUACAGAAGUUGACAGCUAAUACAAAUGAGGAAAACAAUGAUGAAAUCAACAUCGACGAUAUACCUGGUGGACCUGCAGCUUUUGAAAUAUGCGCAAAGUUCUGUUAUGGUAUGACGGUAACUCUGAAUGCGUAUAAUGUGGUUGCGGCUCGUUGUGCCGCGGAAUACCUGGAAAUGUAUGAAACUGUUGAGAAAGGUAACAUUAUCUACAAGCUUGAGGUUUUUCUUACAUCUAGCAUCUUCCGGAGCUGGAAAGAUUCAAUCAUUGUUCUCCAAACAACAAAAGUUUUUCUUCCCUGGUCUGAGGAAUUAAAGAUCGUUAGUCAUUGUCUGGACUCUGUUGCAUCUAAAGCUUACAUUGACACCUCAAAGGUGGACUGGUCGUAUACAUAUAACCGCAAAAAGCUUCCAUCAGAAAAUGGAAGUGAUCCGCUAUGGAAUGGUGUGCAAAAGCAACAGUAUGUUCCAAGAGACUGGUGGGUUGAGGACCUUUCUGAACUUCAUAUUGACUUGUAUAAACGGGUAAUAACAACAAUAAAAACAAAGGGAGGAAUGUCUCCAGAAGUAAUAGGUGAGGCAUUGAGAGCAUAUGCCUAUAGAAGGCUACCGGGAUUCAGCAAGGGUAAAAUCCCAGGAAGUGAUCCUGUUAAGUAUCAGUACUUGGUUGAUAUGAUUACUUCUCUGUUGCCCACAGAAAAACAUAGUGUUUCAUGUAGUUUCUUGAUCAGAUUGUUACAGACGUCUGUUUCUUUGGAAUGUGGAGAAACAGUACAAAGUGAACUGAAGAGGAGGAUUGGCCAGCAUCUUGAUGAGGCAUCGGUAGCUGACCUCCUUCUUCGGGCACCAGCUAAUGAAACUACUACAUAUGAUGUUGACACGGUACAUGAACUUGUUCAGCAGUUCAUGCUGCAGAAAAGGAGCGGUCGGAGUGAUUUUCCUGAAGAUAAUGAAUUUCAGGAGAUGUACCCUGCAUUUGCAUCAGACUCUUCCAAAGUCAAGGUGGCAAGGGUGAUUGAUGGUUACCUUGCGGAAGUUUCUCGAGAUCCAAAUCUACCUUUGGUGAAAUUUGUCAAUCUUGCUGAAAUGGUGUCUGGCUUCCCUAGACCUUCCCAUGAUGGAAUUUACCGUGCUAUUGACAUGUAUCUCAAGGAACAUCUAGGAAUCACCAAGAGCGAAAGGAAAAGAAUUUGUAAACUAAUGGACUGCCGGAAGCUAUCAGCUGAGGCCUGCAUGCAUGCUGUGCAGAAUGAGCGCCUUCCGUUGAGAGUAGUUGUACAAGUUUUGUUCUUUGAGCAAGCCAGAGCAACAACAUCAUCUGGUGGUGGCAGCACCCCUGACCUAGCUGGAACAAUCAAGUCUUUGCUUCCAGGGGAAUCCCAUGGGAGCUCAAGAUCUGCCACAACAAACACAGACGAGGACUGGGAUGCCGUGCCUACUGCUGAGGAACUUAAAGCUUUGAAAGGGGAGCUUGCUACUCUAAGGUUGACGGACAAAGAAGUUGGUUGCAAUGAUACUAAUUCAAUAGACAUAAAAAUGAGUGUCGAAAAAGUUAUUGGUGGCAAAGCAAAGGGAUUAAUUAUGUCCAAGAAGCUCUUUUCAAAACUGUGGUCCAACAAAGAUAGACUAAGCGAGAACAGCAGCUCUGAUACAUCAGAAAGCCCCGGUUCUUCCAAUGCUGGGGAAUCAAAGUCCACCCCAUCAAGAAGUAGGAGGCAUUCCCUGUCUUAAUGUUAGUUGCAGAUUAACCAAUUUCUCCUAAGUUUUAAGUAAAAAUUUCACCCCUUGUUUGUUGCUAGGGUUGGAAGAAGCUACGUCUGCCGCUAACCCUUGGAAGUAGUAGGGAGAAUUCCUCCUAUAAUUUUUGAGCAUUUUGAAGAAUGUAUUUGGAAGGUUAGAUCAGCUUGGGACUGAAUUGGAUCCUCUUAAGCUUUGAUAGUUUUUUCAGUUGUAUUCAAUUGUUUCCCAAGAGAAAUAUAAGUGACCACCUUUGUUUUA